AUGCACCCCGCGGCCUUCCUGCUUCCCCUGCUUGGAGCCACCGUGCUGUGGGGAGCGGCCCCCAUCCGGGGGCUCAUUCGAGCCACUUCAGACCGCAAUGACAGCAUGGACUUUGCAGACCUGCCAGCUCUCUUUGGGGCUGCCUUGAGCCACGAGGGACUUCCCGGGUUACUUGUGGAGGCCCAGCCCGCCAACGCCUGCAGCCCCAUUGCCCCGCCACCCCCGGUCGCGGCCAACGGAUCGGUCUUCGUUGCACUUCUCCGAAGAUACGACUGCAACUUCGACCUCAAGGUCCUGAACGUUCAGAAGGCUGGGUAUGGGGCCGCUGUGGUACACAAUGUAAAUUCCAAUGAACUUCUGACUAUGGCGUGGAGCAGCGAGGAGCUCCAGCAGCAGAUCUGGAUUCCGUCUGUGUUUGUUGGGGAAAGGAGCUCCAGGUACCUGCGUGCUCUGUACGUCUAUGAGAAGGGAGCGCAAGUGCUCCUGGUCCCGGACGAUAACUUCCUCCUGGGCUAUUGCCUCAUCCCUUUCACAGGGGUGGUGGGACUGCUGAUUUUGGCCGUGGCAGCAGGGCUGAUAGUUCGUUUCAUCCAGCACCAGAAACAUCUCCAGCGGAAUCGACUGAGCAAAGAGCAACUGAAGCGGAUUCCUACACACGACUAUCAGAGGGGAGACGGGUAUGAGGUCUGUGCCAUCUGCCUGGACGAGUAUGAGGACGGAGACAAGCUGAGGGUCCUUCCCUGUGCCCAUGCUUAUCACAGCCGCUGUGUGGACCCCUGGCUCACCCAGACCCGGAAGACCUGCCCCGUCUGCAAGCAGCCUGUUCAUAGCGGCCCUGGAGACGGGGAACAGGAGGGAGAAACUCCGGGGCAAGAAGGUGAUGAGGAAGGGGAGCCAAGGGACCAGCCCGCCACAGAACGGACCCCGCUUUUGGGCUCCAGCCUCACGCUUCCCACAUCCUUUGGCUCCUUAGCCCCAGCCCCCUUUGUUUUUCCUGGGUCUUCAAUAGAUCCAUUGCCCUCCCCAUCCUCCUCUCCCUCUUCUGCGGCCAUCCUGGUCUGA